AUGUUUGAUCUAAAUGCAAGUGACGAAGAAUUGAAAUCGAAAUAUGGUCUUCGAAGUAUGCAUCCUACAGAGGUUGGCGAUGUAACUUAUUUUGACACGGCAAUACCCGAAGAUUUGUCUGAUUUGACACCUCAGCAACAAUAUGAAUUACUUAUUAAACUUGUUGAUUUAAAUCAACCACUAUCCAAAAACAAACCUGACUCAAACAUUUUAUUGGAUUUAAUUUUAAGACAAGAUUCUUCCAAGGCAGUAAGGAGUUCAAAUAAAUCCCUUUCUCAAUUUGAAAAUCAAGCACAUAAAUAUAAUGAAGAUUUGAAACGAAUAAUUGAAUCUAAUUCUGUACACUUUGUCAAUACCAAAUGGAAAAUUGACAAUGCCAUGAUUGACUUUAUGAAACUGAAAACCAAGGCACAACAAGACCGUGCCAGUGCCAGAGUAUUUAACCCACAGAGACGAAGCUUAACCAACAAAGAAGGACUUACAGCUGAACUUGAGGAUAACAUUAAUAGCCUACAAGCAAAUACAUCCUCUAUGAUUCAGCCUAUUAUUGAGAGUAAAGCCAAGGAGGAUAAAGUAGUCAAAAUGAUUGAAUUCACUAAGGCCAAUCAAAAUUUUUUCGAUUUACCAAAUAGUUUGGUUCAUUCUUUAUCGCUUAACAACAAUGAGAAAUUCAUUGAUGACUAUAACAGGUAUAUACAUGAGAGAGACAGAUUUUUGACUGUACUUAAUAACAGAUAUAGAGAUCAGGUUUUAAAGUUGACUCAUGACAAUGUCAAUGGUAAAAACCACCAAGCACUUCGUACUUUGGAGGAUGAUCGAAAAUUGCAGUUGACAUUAAUUCUGAAAGUUUUCAAAGAGAUUGAUACAAUUGCACACAAUUAUAGAAACAAAAUCUAUCAAGAGUUUUUAUCAUUAGACCAUGUGGCUAGCAAGACUCAGUCAACUUCGAAAUUUAUGUCUCUAGUGGAUAACUUAUCGCGGUUAAAUCUCGAUGAUAAAAUGAAAAACCCUAUUGCUGAUUUCUUAACCAAGCAAAUUGAGGCAAUUGAUAAAGAUUUUGAGUACCAAGUUGAGAAAUUUGACAGUAAAUUUUUGCUUAUGCAGAAUAAAUUAAUUGAUUACAUUGGGUCGUUAAACCCGGAAAGAAGAGAGGGGUCACAUAUAAACUAUAUUAAUGAGAAGUAUGAUACUUAUAAAGACGAAAUUAAUUCGGCUACUCAAAAUGGUGACAAAUUAAUGAUUAUUAAAGAGGCAUUUGAAAGUAAUGACUCCUUGGAUUUGAGUCUUAUCAAUGAAGCUUGGUUAGUCUUGUUUAAUUUUAUAAACUAUUUGGAUAAUAUGGUUCUAUCAAAUCUUUUAAAGUUUCUUAAUAAUUAUGUUCAUUACAUCAAAUUGGGGAUAGAUGCCCUGGGAAAAAUUAGAGAUACGGCAAUUGAAUUGAUUAAUAAAGUUGUUUUGAUUAUGAUGGCCUUAUUUGAUGACGAGAAUAACGAAAAAAAUCAAGUGGAGAGUUCACCUAAAAAUUAUAAACAAUUUGUUCCAUACUAUACAAACUCUUUAUCUACCAUUUAUCAUUUGACAAAAAUCAAUUCUAUUGUCAAUAAAAUAAUCAACAGUUUUGGCAAUUUUGUUGGUACAAUAGGCAAUAUUAGCCAAUAUUCUGAGACUAAUAAAGUGAUGAAAAGUUUGAAAAAUUCAUCCACGAAAAUCAACCAAAAGAUUCUUGAGGCAAUUUGUGCUACUUGGGUCAAUGAUUGUUCUCAAUUUUACGAAUUAGAGGAUUGGACUUUGGACAAGCAAAAUAGUAAGUAUAACGACAGGUGCAGUGCUAAAUGCACUAAAUUAAUGAAUGUUAUUCAGUGCUACCAGCUGUAUGUAUUGUUGAAAAUAUCUAGCUUGGUUAUACAUGACCAAUCAUCUGAUUAUAAUGUUGUUGCUGUUUAUCCUAGUAAGAGAAUGUUAGUUUCUAUUGAAAUCCAGUUUAUGAGAAGUUUGAACAUUAUUGUUGAUUCUAUGAUGAAGAAAUACAAUUUGGAUCGUCAGAAUAGUCAAGACUCAAAUAUUAAUCCUGAUGACUCUAGGAAUUUACAAGUUUUCAAGAUAUUGACUAUGAAUAAUUUUGAUAAAUUGUCGAGAAUAAUAUACCCUGAAUUGCUAUUACAAUUUGACAAGUCUUUUGAUAAAGAUUUACUGAAACAAAAUUUGAAAUUAUUUGCUGAUAUCGAUAAGGCAAGUUUGACAAUUAUCGAUGAUAUUUUGAAUAUUGAAAAAUUAUACAUUGCACAAACAGUCAAUAGAUUUUUCCAUACUGCUGGUGCUAAGGGGUCUGGUAAUCCACCACAAGCUUUAAAGGUCGAUGGAUUUGUAUAUGAGAUUUUAAUUCAUUUUGUGAAGUUAAUCAACAAGAUUAGACCGUUGACAAAUGAAGAAGUGUUUGUCACCAUUAUCAAUGAGUUGCAACUAAAUUUGUUGAAAAAUAUAAUUGACAAUACUCGUCAAAUACCUUUAAAGCUGUCCUUGUCGUAUGUAAACUUGCGAUUGGAUGCUAAUUUCAUUUUACUUGUUUUUGAAAAAUCAAAGCUCUUGCAAUUGAAUGAUUCGAGUUAUAAAUAUUUACAGAUUCUAUUAAAUGAAAUUGAUAACAAAAACAAUGACAUUCCAAGUAAUGAGCAAUUCAAAUAUUCCAAAAAUAAUUUUGAUGAGAUUUUACAAUUGAAUAUGCAAGAUUCUGCCAAUGAGUUUAGUUGUUUUUAA